AUGUUUGUACCCCUUACUUCUCUGUCCAUUCCUAGUAAUAAGACCUACUUCCACUUUUUCCAUUCUAUCCCUUCAAAACUACAUAUCGUUUUCUUUCUUUUUGUUUCAGAGAGGGAAAGGAACGACAAUAACAUCAACAUGAGAAAUGAAAAUGGUGUGAUGCAUGCCAGAAAGACAGAGAUAGAUACAAGGGCACCUUUCCGGUCCGUCAAAGAGGCUGUCUCAUUAUUCGGUGAGAAAGUGCUAGCUGGAGAGGUCUAUGCAACCAAGCUGAAACAGAUACACAGUGGAGAAAAUGAAAAUGGCCUUGAGUCUUCUGAACAAGGAGCCGUUACAGCUGAACUAGAAGAAACACGACAAAACCUUCAGAAGGCUAAGGAAGAAAGCAUGUCAAUGGCGCAUUGCUUGUCUUCUCUGCAGGAAGAGCUCGAACAUACAAAACAAGAGCUCCAACAAUUGAAGCAACGUGAAACCGAGAAAUACCCAUUGGAACCAGAGAUUGAAGAUGUCAAGAUCAUAGAAAACUUAACCAAAUUUGCAACCAAGAGUUUCACAUCUGAGGAAGAAAUGAUGGAGUUUCAAAACAAAAGGUUCGUGACUUUUGCGAAUCCGCCCUCAGUAACUCAUGUUACGCUACCACAGAAUGUUGACAAGUUUGAAAGGCACCCUUCAAUCGGGAAUAAGCAGAAGAAGAAGAAACCAUUGAUUCCUCUUAUUGGAGGUAUCUUUUCUAGGAAAAAGGGAAACCAAUAAGUUCCGUGAGCCAAGUUCUAAUCCUAGAAAGUUAUUUUCCACUUACAUUACAAAUAAUAAUUACAAAUCACAUUAUAUGAAUGCAGACUAUGCAAUGCAUUGAGUAUAUACAAGAGUCAUGUAAUA